AUGAAAUAUUCAAUUUUAAACUCAUAUACAAUUUUUCUAGCUAUUGAAGAAAGUGAUGAACAAACUUUUGAAUCAGGUGUUCAAUUCUUUGAUGUAAUACUUGAAAAUGAUAUUGAUUUACUUCUAUGUAUUACUUGGGAUCGUAAUCAUUCACAAAUUGCUAUAAUUAAAGAUAAACUAAUUAAUUCAACAUGUGUAUUUGAUAGGUCUUCAAUAACAAAUAAAUUAAAGGACCCUGUCGGAUUUAGUAACCUAGCUGGAACAAGUAUGUUCUGUAUAUGA